UAAUAGACAAUAAUAAGACAAAGCGCUGAAAUCAUUCAACUGCGAAACGUUAAAAAGCAAAAAACAAAAAACAAACAAAGCUUCGUUUCGCAGAGAGCCUCAUCAUUCACCAACGUCGUCCUCUCUUCUCCACAUACAACUUCCAUAACUCUUCACAUCCAAUUUCAAUCAAAUUCCUCUCAACUCCCAACCUUCCUUUCUCACUCAAUUAAUCACUUCAAUUCUCUCCAAUCAUUCAUCAUUUUCCACUAAAAUCUUAAAAUAUCAUGAUAUUUUUAUUGUUAUAAAUCUUCGCUUCAAGGCCAUCGAUCUUUCGAUUUUCUUCAAUUUGAGGGGUUUUUGGAACCUGGGUUAGGUUAAAGUUGCGUUUUUGGAUUGUGGGUGAUUGAGUUUUAAGAAGAUGAGUAACCAAAAGAAGAGGAUUUUUCAGAUAGAGGCUUUUAAGCACCGUGUUGUUAUGGAUCCGAAAUAUGGUGAAAAAACUUGGAGCGUUCUCGAACAUGCAAUUCAUGAGAUAUACAAUCACAACGCUAGUGGUCUUAGUUUUGAAGAGCUUUACAGAAAUGCUUACAAUAUGGUUCUUCACAAAUUUGGUGAGAAGCUAUACUUUGGGCUGGUUGUCACCAUGACUUCUCAUCUCGAAGAGAUAGCUAGGUCUGUUGAAGCCACUCAAGGAAGUUCCUUUCUGGAAGAAUUAAACCGAAAAUGGAAUGAUCAUAAUAAGGCAUUACAGAUGAUUCGAGACAUUCUGAUGUACAUGGACAGGACUUAUAUCCCAAGCACCCAGAAGACUCCUGUCUAUGAACUUGGCCUGAACCUGUGGAGAGAAAAUGUUAUUUAUUCGAACCAGAUAAGGACUCGACUGUUGAGUACGCUUUUGGAGUUAGUACGCAGUGAGCGUGCUGGUGAAGUUGUUAAUCGAGGGCUGAUUAGAAAUAUAACAAAGAUGCUAAUGGAUUUAGGUCCUUCUGUUUAUGGCCAAGAAUUUGAGACUACUUUUCUGCAAAUUUCAGCUGAUUUCUACCGGGCCGAAUCCCAGAAAUUUAUCGAGUCUUGUGAUUGUGGAGAUUAUCUCAAGAAAGCUGAGAGGCGGCUGAAUGAGGAAACGGAUAGAGUGAGCCAUUACUUGGACCCUAGGACUGAAAAGAAGAUCACUAAUGUGGUGGAGAAGGAGAUGAUUGAAAAUCACAUGCUUAGAUUGAUCCAUAUGGAGAAUUCUGGGUUAGUAAACAUGCUUCGUGAUGAUAAAUACGAAGAUUUAAGUAGAAUGUAUAACUUGUUCCGUCGCGUUACUGACGGUCUUUUGAAAAUACGUGAAGUGAUGACUUCACACAUCAGAGAGUCCGGUAAACAGCUUGUUACUGAUCCAGAAAGGUUGAAGGAUCCUGUUGAAUUUGUGCAGAGGCUGUUAGAUGAGAAAGAUAAAUACGACAAGAUUAUAAAUUUGGCCUUUAACAACGACAAGUUGUUCCAGAAUGCUUUGAGUUCCUCAUUUGAAUUUUUCAUUAACUUGAACCCUCGUUCUCCAGAGUAUAUUUCACUAUUUGUGGACGAUAAGCUUCGAAAGGGUCUAAAGGGAGUUAGUGAGGAUGACGUAGAGAUAACUCUUGACAAGGUUAUGAUGCUGUUCCGGUACUUGCAAGAAAAAGAUGUGUUUGAGAAGUAUUACAAACAGCAUCUGGCGAAGCGGCUUCUAUCCGGAAAAACAGUUUCUGAUGAUGCGGAGAGGAGUCUCAUAGUUAAGCUCAAGACAGAAUGUGGAUACCAAUUUACCUCAAAACUAGAAGGCAUGUUUACAGACAUGAAAACUUCUCUAGACACAAUGCAGGGCUUUUAUGCUAGCCAUCCUGAGUUAGGUGAUGGUCCUACGCUUACCGUGCAGGUUCUGACUACAGGGUCUUGGCCAACUCAAUCCAGCGUGACAUGUAACCUACCUUCUGAAAUGUCUGCACUUUGCGAGAAAUUUCGGUCAUAUUACCUUGGCACACAUACUGGCAGGAGAUUGUCGUGGCAGACUAACAUGGGAACGGCAGAUUUAAAAGCUACCUUUGGGAAAGGUCAGAGACACGAGUUAAAUGUUUCGACUUACCAAAUGUGUGUACUCAUGCUGUUUAAUAAUGCUGAUAGACUAAGCUACAAAGAAAUUGAACAAGCAACUGAGAUUCCAGCUUCGGAUUUGAAGAGGUGCUUGCAAUCUUUGGCUUUGGUUAAGGGAAGAAAUGUUCUGAGGAAGGAGCCUAUGAGUAAAGAUGUUAGUGAGGAUGAUGCAUUCUUUGUUAAUGACAAGUUCAGUAGCAAACUAUAUAAGGUCAAAAUAGGAACUGUAGUUGCGCAAAAGGAAUCGGAACCAGAGAAACUGGAAACUCGACAAAGAGUGGAGGAGGACAGGAAGCCGCAGAUUGAGGCAGCAUUAGUGAGGAUUAUGAAAUCCAGGAAGCAACUUGAUCACAACAAUCUUAUAGCUGAGGUCACAAAGCAGUUGCAGUCGCGGUUCCUUGCAAAUCCAACGGAGGUAAAGAAACGGAUCGAGUCUCUCAUUGAGCGGGAGUUUUUGGAGAGAGAUGAUAGUGACAGAAAACUGUAUCGAUAUCUUGCCUAGGAUUGACAAGCUUGUUUGUUUCUGUAAGGUUACAGUGAUACACAUCUUUUUUUGACAGAACAGUGAUACAAAUGUUGUGUCUUUGGCGAACUAGGUGAAAAAUGACCUUUUAAAGGAUCCAUUGAUUCUUUAUGUAUACCAAUUUGUUAUUCUUAUUGGACAUGCUGUUGGGUUGGUUUGUUGUUUUUAUGGAUAUCUUCUAGUUUGGUGAAAAUCACCAUUGUUUUCCAUUACCAGA